AUGGCGAAAAAAGAGUUCAAUGUCGUGAGUUUCUUGAAGGACUUGCUGGUUGGAGGUGUGUCAGCAGGAAUCUCAAAGACGGCAGUGGCUCCCAUCGAAAGGGUCAAACUGCUUCUCCAGGUCCAACAUGUCUCCAAGCAGAUUUCACCCGAGAGGAGAUACAAGGGGAUCAUCGACUGCUUCGUACGCGUGCCCAAGGAACAAGGAUUCGCCUCCCUGUGGAGGGGCAACCUGGCCAAUGUCAUCAGGUAUUUCCCCACCCAGGCUCUUAACUUCGCGUUUAAGGACCAGUACAAGGAGCUCUUCCUCGGAGGCGUUGAUAAGGAUGUACAAUUCUGGAAAUAUUUCGCCGGGAAUCUUGCAUCUGGUGGCGCAGCCGGCGCAACCUCUCUUUGCUUUGUCUACCCGUUGGACUUCGCCAGGACCCGUCUGGCCGCAGACAUCGGAAAGGCUGGAACUGACCAGCGUGAAUUCAAAGGACUUGGGCAUUGCUUGACCUCCAUCGCAAAGAGUGACGGCGUCCUUGGUCUCUACCGAGGAUUCGGCGUCUCAGUCCAAGGCAUCAUCAUCUACAGGGCAGCAUACUUCGGAGGUUUCGAUACAGCUAAAUCCAUGCUCAUCUCAGACCCCAAAAAUGCCAACUUUUUCAUUUCAUGGAUGAUCGCACAAGUGGUCACAACCGGCGCCGGUAUUUUGUCCUAUCCCUUUGAUACCGUCAGGAGGCGAAUGAUGAUGCAGAGUGGCCGCAAGGAUGUCCUGUAUAAGAACACCCUGGACUGCUGGGGCAAGAUCCUAAGCCAAGAGGGAGGAUCAGCGUUCUUCAAGGGGGCCCUCUCGAACAUCCUACGUGGUACUGGUGGAGCUCUGGUCCUGGCCAUGUACGAUGAAAUCAAGAAGUACAUUUGA